AUGAUGUUGUUUAAUUUAAUGUCAUAUCUUCCAAUCAAUCUAAUCACAAAAGAAUUGGAUAUAGAAUUGAAUAUGGUACAUCGUUUAAAUAGUCAUUUAUUUACAAAGAUUAUUUUAUUACUAUGUGGUUCAUUGUUAUAUACAUUUUAUUGGAUAAUUAAAUUGAACUGCAAUAAUUUGAAUUAUUCACAACAAAUAAUAAAUAAUUAUUUAUUAUCUUUAUGGAAUUUAUUUAUCUUACCUUAUAAAUUAUUCUCAUUAAUGCUUAGUAUUUAUAUUAUGCUAAUUCUAAUAGAUGAUAUAAGUUUAUUAAAAGAAGAUAUUUCAAAUUAUAUGUAUAGGAUAUUUGAUGAACUUGGUUCGACCGAAUUUUCAGUUAAUCGAACAAAUCAACUUAUCAAUCACUUAGAAAGGUUACAAUAUGAUUUUACUUGUCGUGGUAUUGAAUCUCAAAUUUACUGGUUAUUAAACAAAUAUUCACUCUCAGUUAAUUAUUUGAAAAGCUUUCAUUCUCCUAAUCAUAUUGUUAUAGAAUUAUCGUCUGACCUAUGGAAUUUUAUCAAACAAACAGAAUUCUUACUGAUCAAUAGCUGUGGUCAAAAUAGUACAAGUCAAUGUUUAAUGCAAACACUAUACCCACAUAAUGAUUGGAACAAUGAUAAAAUCACUUUUAUUAUACCUGUUAACCAGAGUGAUUGUACAACAUCUAUUACUUUACAAUUGGCCAGUGAGUUGAAUUCUAUAGUGUGGAUGUACUCAAGCUUAAAUAUUGGUUUACACAUAAUUCAGUUACUUCUGGACAUAAAUAUGAAUGUAAAUGUUUUACCGAACAUUUCAUGCAAAAAGUGCUCCUUAACACUGCCAAAGUUUAUUCGAAUUCUAGGACCUUGUUCAAAAGCUUUUAUACAAAACAAUACUGGAUUUUUGAUCGACGAAACAAGGAAAAAUGCAAAUUUGAAUGGUUCUCGUACUCACACUCAAGAUUCCAUAUCACCUGAAAAUGAGAAAGUAUCGGACAAAACGUUAGUUCAUCCUUCAGAUUUCAUUGAAGGGUGUAAAGAUACUCAGAUGCUUGAAAACGAGUCUAAAAAGAAUGUAGACAGUUUAAAGAUAAGAUCACAUAAACACACUAACGGUUUAGGAAGACAUUUUAAUAUCAGAACUACAUUACAACCUUACGACACUAAAGUAUCUUGUUGCUGUGUUAGAAAAUCAUUCCUCUUUGCACCAGCUGGUUAUGUGUCUAAUUUAAAAUUACUAAAAGCAUAUCAAAACUUUCAUCUAUAUACUAGGUCAAGUGGAAAGGAGCUUGAUAAUUUACUUGACAAAGUUGAUUAUAAUGAAAAUACGAAUAUUGGCUGGAAAUUAAAAGAUUUACCAAAACAACAAUCAUAUGUUAAUUAUGUACCUAUACCGAAUUUAAAAAAGAAAAGGCUAAACAAAUGUAAUAAGUUCCGAUAUUGGUUGAAAAAAAGAUGGCCGUUUGUGGAAGCUUUAAUGUACGAUGAUAAUGACAAGGAUGAUAAGAGGGUCAAUCACAUGCAUAAAAUUUAUUUAAUAUUUAUUUUACGAUAUGUCUUUUUUUUAAGUUUUGGCUACAUAUUAAGUAGAAUGAUAAUUUUAAUUAUUACAAACAUUUUCUCUACCAAUGUUAUGGUAGACGUUGAGUAUUUAACUGUUGAAAACUAUACAGAAGAUUCUUGGAUCAACACAAAGCAUAUCAAUGAAGCCUAUGAAAUUGUACAAGAGGUUGAGAAACAAACAGAUACGUUUAUCAUCAUAACAGUUGUUAUAAGUACUUUAAUUUCGUCACGUGUACGUUGUUUAUUAUUAUUAGUUAUACCGACAUUUGGAUUAACAGUUGGUCAUAUACUCUUUGCAAAUCAAUUGAUACACACGUCAUUUAUUGGACCAAUGACAUCAAUCGAAUACAACUUGAAUACACUGAGAAAUGUUUUCAGUUGUUUAAACGAACAGACGCAUAAUGUUUCAAGGGUUUCUGACAGGUUAAAUUAUACCGAUUAUACGUAUUAUGACGUGGGAAAUUCAUCAACUGACUUGAUUCUGUCUUAUGGCACACCAAGUUAUUUACCUAUUUCUUUAAAAAUGUUGCGAAUAAUGAAUGAAGCCGGUAGAGAUUUGAGCGAAGCAAUUGCCGAGUAUCAAUACAAUUUACCUUCGUUGGAUAAAUUGACUGAUAAUUAUAGAAACUUAACAAAUAUGAUUGAUAAAUCUUAUUCAGAAUUUAAUUUAAUUUCAAAACGUUUUCAAAAUGAAGCUAUAAAACUUUCAUAUGAAAUGAAAAACAGAUUUCAGAAUAGAAUUAAAGAAUUUCAAUUAAAUGCCAACAUUUAUAAAUCAAAUAUAGUUGCCAUGAAUCAGUUUAAUAUUGAAAUGAAUAAUAUUCAAUUAGAAUAUGAAAUGUACAAUUAUUUACUUCAUAAUUGUAUAGUAUUAUAUGAAAGAAAAUUUUCUAUUUGUUUAAAUACAUCACAAAUGAUUUGUAAGAUAUUGAUAAAAAAUCAUACAUUACAUGGUAUAUGGCUUAAUGAUCUAUGUGCUGAUUAUUAUCAACCUGAAGAAUUUUGUGAAUUAUUUAAUUAUAUAAAUGAAUUAAAACAAAAUUGUGUUUUGGAUACAAAAACUAUUGGAUUAGAAUUUGGAUUUAGUAGUUAUCUCACAGAUUUAUAUAAAUUACUGGAAAUGUUAAAAAAAUCAUUCCAAAUUGAAAUAUUAACAAAUAACAAUGAAAUAAACAAAGAAACUAUUCAAUGGAUAGAAAUAGAAAAAGAAAUUAUUGAUCAAAUACAAUAUAUUAAUAAAACCAUAACUCCUAAAGUUAAUAAUCUUUUAAACUCAUUUAUAUUAGUAACUAUAUUGUUUAAAUCAAUUUUUAUAUUCCUUAUUUAUCAAGCGCAUAAAUAUAUUUCAAAUUAUUUAUUAAAUGUAUAUUCUAAACUAAGAUAUCAAUUGAUUAUUAUAAAACAUUUAAAUGUAAACAAAGAGAUCGUAUCACCUUUGAAAUCUAUUCAAAAGCUUUUAAAUUAUUUCAAUUUACAAACAUAUAAUUUAGUGAAUUUAUUAAAUAUACUACUAUUAAAUAAUAUAAAAUUCAAUUCUAAUAUAACGGACCAAUUACAUAGUGUUAUCAUAUCUAAUUAUACAACCAAAUUGAUGAAUGGUAAUAUUGAAAAUAACUUUGUCAAAACAAUUGAAAAUGGUGUAUUUAAGGUGAUAAUAAAAGAGAUAAUACAAAAUAUUGUACAGUCAAAUUACAGGUUUUCAAAUGAUGAUGAUGAUAAUGACGAUAUUCAUCAAUGUCGGAGAUAUGGGCUUAAAACAGAUUCAAAGUAUAAUAAACAAUUUUACACUACAUGGAUAAUAUUUAUGAUGUUGACAGUCACAUCAACUGGUUUAUUAUAUAUGCGUCAUAGAAUAGUAGACCUUUUUUACCCAGAGCAUAAAAAAUAUCGCAAAAUAGAUUUAUCCAGUUAUUUAUUAACGCAAAGUUGUAAUUAUCCAGUUGAACUAUGUCAACAAACUUUUGAUCAUGAAGAAAGUGGUUGUUUACAAGAUGAAAUGGAAAAUUUACCACAACUAUCAUUUCGACGUAGAAUAUGUUUAAAAUUCCUAUAUCUAUUUGGUUUUGAUAAUGGUAUCUGUUCUAUAUGUUGUGGCCAGUUUCAACCAUAUCAUAAAAUAGUACAUCCUAAAGACAAUGUAACAGAUUGUUAACACUGUUUACUGACAAUUAUGAAUGAAGACAGCGAAUAGGAAACUUAUUUAGAUAAUAAUUUAAAACAACUGUCUAUUGAAGAAACAAACAUUUAUCAGUUGAAUAAGAAUUUAAUCAUAGCAACUAAAACUAAUUGUUCCUGAUGUAUGAUGAUUUUUCUUAUAUUAGUCAUGUGAAAAUUAAUAAAAAUUAAGUAGUUCUAAUA